AUGACCACCAAUCCUCCCCGCCAAUCCAGCGUCGAUCUAGACUCGGCUGAUCGGCCCUUCGACAAUAUCAUCAACUUUCGCGAUGUCGGACGGUCGAUCAAUCAAUUGAUGGGAUCUCGCGUCCUCAAGGAAGGCGUCCUUUUUCGAAGUGCAAGGCUAGACGAUGCCUCAGAACGAGAUAGACGGCGACUAGCGGAAGAGCUACACAUUUCAACCGUCCUGGAUCUGAGAUCGAUGACCGAACACCAAAUGGCCGCUCGGAAACGCCGCGGCGAGGAUGCUCUCAACACAGACCAACCGUCUCUCCCUCCUGCGGAGGCGAACGAGCAUCUGAUGCAGAUCCCCGGUGUGCAACGAUCCCUGAUCAGUCUAACGGGCAAAGCAUUCGAACGGGCCCUGCUAUGGCGCUUAGACUGGUAUAACUUCAUGUAUGCGCCCCCCGACUCUUUCACCUCAGGUGCAGCGAUUGAUAUCUACAGACGAGUCCUCGCCCUCGCAGCCGCGGGCUACCACACCGAUGCCGUCACCAUCGUGGGCCAGCAGGUCAUGGCGCCACGGGGCCUGAUCGGUCUCGGCCAGGACACGCUGGACAGCAGCACGGCGGAGAUCCGCGAGAUCUUCGAGCUGCUCGUGUCGCCGGCCGCGUACCCGGUCAUCGUGCACUGCACGCAGGGCAAGGACCGGACGGGUCUGAUUGUGCUUCUGCUUCUGCUCCUUGUGCCGCAGGUAUCGGCGGACGCUAUCGCGGCGGACUACGUCAAGUCGGAGCCGGAGUUGAUCGCUGACUUUGAGGAGCGGAUGAAGGAGAUCCGCGUGCUGGGCUUGGACGAGGAGUAUACCAAAUGUCCGCCGGGGUUUACGCAGCAGAUCCGGGCGCAUCUGGAUGCGAGAUAUGGCGGGAUUGAAGGGUAUCUGGUGGCGGUUGGGAUUGAUCGGGAGAAGCAGGGGCUGAUCAGGCAGAGGUUGCUCGCCUAG